AUGGCUUCGUGCCCUUCCUGUCGCGCUGGGGCCUCCCCGGGCAUGCGCUCGUGCUCGCAGUGCGGUUUCCGCUUCCCUGGCGCCUCCUCUGUCCUCUCCACUCACGCUGUGGGCAGCUCUGCCACGUCUGCAGGCAUCAGCCGCCGUAAUAUCCCCAAAGACCGCAACAAGAAGAAGAAGCCCAAAGAUAAAGACAAAGAACGAGGAAGCAGUAAAGAAAAAGAACGAGAUAAGAGCAAGGAGAAAGAGAAGAUCGAUGUCCCGCCGGCUGCAGCGGGGGAGGAAGCCGCUGCUAUUUACAAAAGAAUGCUCGCAGCCGUUCGAGGUGCUAAUAGGGAACACGACGAGGUUGUCUCGGCCUUUAAAUCGGACUGCAAGCAAUACGGACAGGGAGAACUACGGGCUCGAGUGUUCUACGAGGGGUUGUGUACAUAUUUUGGCAGUGAGCUUAUGCUGGAGCACAUGCUGCCACAGUUAGCGAGACUCAUCCCGGACGAUAAGAAGAGGAAGAAACUAGUCAAAGUUCACGUCAAGAGCAAGCGAGCAGGAGGAUCUACAGCUGUGGGCACUAGUACAGGCAGUAGAGCUUCCUCUCAUGCUCGAAGACCGAUCUCCAGCUCAGGUGUAGCCACAAACUCAAUGCUACCGACUCAAAUGAGACCGUCAGGGGACAGACGGCCGUAUUCAGCGUCGGAAUUGAUCCGACGCGAUAGUAUUGAAAGUGAUACGUCGAGUAAUACGAGCGGAGAGCUCGCUCCUGCGUCUACAGGACCAGCGUCCAGAUUGACGAUGAGCCGGUAUGCAGAGAACCCAAAAUGUGCUAUAUGCAGCGAGGUUUUCGAUCUUAAACGACGGAGACACCAUUGCCGCAAAUGUGGCGCGAGUGUGUGUCAUUCCUGCUCUCCAGCGAGAAUGUUGAUCUCACCAGACCAAGUAGCACAUGAGAGUAUGAAGAAAAAGUAUGACCCAGCGCACCCACAACGGGUCUGCACGAUAUGUGCCCCGAUUCUGCAGUAUUUCCAAGACGGACUGAACACGCAAUACGCCAAUUGCCAUAAGGAGAACCCGCACGAGGCUAAGACUCGACUACAUUUGCCGUAUAGUCGGUCGCUGGAGAGUGCUUGCCGCUCUGCAGCUGAUAUUCUAGGCAACUUCUUCCGCCCUGACUUCGGGGCGGAUAGCGAUCGCUACAUCCCCGUUAGCUUCCUCAAGCGAGCACAAGGCAUCGCUUUCCUCACAGUUAUUAAGGCUGGACUGCUUAUCACAGCCAAGAUGGGCACUGGUAUUGUGAUAGCCAAGCUUGAUGAUGGCUCGUGGUCUGCGCCGUCCGCAAUUGGUACCGCGGGUAUUGGCGGAGGCCUCGAAGGUGGAGGUGAACUUAUAGAGUUUAUGAUCAUUAUGGGCUCUAAAAACGCUGUCAAGGUGUUUCACCGUACCCAGGUAAACGUCGGUGGCGGUCUCAGUGUCGCAGUUGGGCCUUAUGGACGCGAUGCAUUAGCACAAGCUGCUGCUAGUCGAGGAGGCUUUAACGCCAACUACAGUUAUUCUCACAGUCGAGGACUGUUUGCAGGCAUAUCGCUACAUGGCGCCGUCAUUACGGCUCGAACAGAGAUGAACAGCAACUUCUACGGCCAGAAACUCACGCCCGAGGAGAUUUUGAAUGGAGCUGUUCAACACCCACGUGCUGCUCAGUGUCUGUACGAUGCUAUCGAUCAGGCAAUGGAAGGAAUCGCGCAAUUCGAGUCGUCAGGAGGCUCUCAGAGACGUGCAUCAGCUGCGCCUACUCCACCAGGACCAUGCAGCUCUUGCCGAUGUCAAGAGUUCGUCCCUAAAGCGUUCUCGAAAAAAUGCAAGACGUGCUCUCAUGUACACAACGUUACAUAG